CUGCGCAUUGCGCAUGACAAACUGAAGCACUACAAGAUACACUUUUGACUUCUUGAUUCCUUUCAGUUUGUGAUCCACCAGAUCAGGUGUGAGUAGGUCUCUCAGAAAGCUGUGUCACAAGAAUCCCAGGAUGUCAUUAAUAGAAGCUUGCAAGACGGGUAAUGUGGGUGUGGUUCAGUUGGCACUGGAAAGAGGGGAAGAUCCGAACCAGGCCAAUGAGGACAACUCGACAGCUCUCCACAUAGCCAGUGACAAUGGACAUGAUGAGGUGGUGAGGGUCCUCUUAGCAGCCAAGGCUACAGUCAACACUCAGGAUAGGAAUGGGCGGACAACAUUGUACAUAGCCAGUAAGAAAGGUCACUGUGAAGUUGUCAGAAUGCUACUGGAGGCCAGUGCUGACGUCAACAUCCAGACUAAUAGCAACUGGACAGCUCUCCACAUAGCCAGUAUCAAUGGACAUGAUGAGGUGGUGAGGGUCCUCUUAGCAGGCAAGGCUACUGUCAACACUCAAAACAAGUGGGGUCGGUCCCCUCUCUUGGCAGCCAGUAGCAAUGGUCACCUGAAGUGUGUGGAACUUCUAAUCAAUGCUGGAGCCAAUGUUGAUAUACAAGAUGAGUUGGGUCAGUCCCCUCUCUGGGCAGCCAGUUUCUAUGGUCACCUAAAGUGUGUGGAGCUUCUAAUCGAUGCUGGAGCCAAUGUUGAUAUGCAAGAAGAGGAUGGAGGGACAAUGCUGCACAUAGCCAGUCAUUAUGGUCACUCUGAAGUGGUAGAGUGCUUAGUGGAGAGAGCCCACUGCGACACCAAUGCAAGGAACAAGACUGGCCUGACUCCCCUUCACACUGCAUGCUAUAAUGGUCACAAAGAAGUGGUGGAGUACUUGGUAGAGAGAGCCCACUGUGACACCAAUGCAAGGAACAAGACUGGCCUGACUCCCCUUCACACUGCAUGCUAUAAUGGUCACAAAGAAGUGGUGGAGUACUUGGUAGAGAGAGCCCACUGUGACACCAGUGUAACUGAUGCUAGAGGCAGGACUCCACUUGACUUCGCAAUACAACAGGGUCACACUGAAACCAUCGAAUAUCUUCUGAAUCAGUCUCUUAGGGCACCAUCUGCUACUCCAAGUCAGAGCACUGACUACCAGUACCCUCUAGUCGACCAGGAGCUUCAGGAGUUGUUGGACAAGCUACAAACACCCGCUAAUAUUCAAGUGUCAGAAUGCACACCUCUAACACAAGAUGAGAUUGAUGCCCUACAGAAGCUUAUCGAGGGAACAGAAGUAAACAUUGAUGACAUCAUUGCUACUGGUCAAGGCAUUACUCUGCAAGACGCUCAACAAUUACUUGCUCAGAAAGGAUACAUUGAGGACACAAGUAAUCUCAAGACAAGGCUCAAAGAAAUUGCCGAAGAACAGCAGCGAUAUCUCAAGAUACUCAAGGAUCUAAUGACAGCUGCAGACACCAUUGACCUUCGCUACUUGAAACUUUUUCUUGUUGGCCCACCAUUUGUGGGAAAGACAACUACUUUAAACCGUCUGCUAAAAAUAUUUGAGAAUAUUCAUUCAGCAGGAGACAAAUCGAACAUUCAAAGUACAUUACUCGCUAACUGUAUUCAAGCAUUUGCUUUUGUUGGUGACGACACAGCAGAAUGGCUAUCUUCCGAUACCAUUGACGGUGAAGCAAAAAUGUUGUUCAACUAUUUUUGUGGAAACAAACUUGCAUCUGAGGAACCGCUGGACACACCCCUCAGUGAGCAACUAAGUGAAGAAAACCCCAAACCUGCCAGAACAAUUCAACCUCAUGAUCGCACGCAAAUAUCCAUAGAGAACAGUAUUUCACGAGUUGAUGAAGUUGAGACUUUGGAUGACGAAACAAAGGCUUGCAGAAUUAUUGAUGUUGUCAGCCGAUUCCAAAAUUUGAUCAAAAGUGGAGAAUAUUCUAACCUUUUCAAUGCUUUGGGGACAUUUUUGAAUAUUAAUGAUAUUGGUGGUCAGCCAGGUUUUUUAGAAAUGCUCCCAGCCUUGAGCACUGGUCCAGCCAUGUAUCUCAUCUUCUUAGACUUGAGCAAAGAGCUAAACAAGCCGUACAAAAUCCCUUUCAGUCGCGAUGACACAACCAUCACUCCUUAUGACGCUAUACACACAGUCAAAGACACAGUGUCUCAAAUCCUUUCUUCCAUCAGUAGCAUACAUAGUAACCCUCAAGUGACCUCAUCAUUGAAGACCGAUAAAGUUGUUGGGCUUAACAAGAAGCUUGAAUCAUUCUUACAAGUUAGUCCAUUGGCUGCGUUGAUAGGCACUCACAAAGAUAAGCUAGAAAAUCCAAAAGAGGAGAUCGAGGAAAAAAGCCAAGAUUUAAAGGACAUUGUACGCAAGUUUUCUAAAAUAAUAAUUCGUCCUGGAACUACUACAUGUAGUUCACUGUUUACCGUGGACAACUACACUGGAACUGAGCUCUCGGACAUAGCCCCUCUUCGUAAAUUGUUAAGUGAAAUCUUUCAAACACAUUUUAAGAACACUUCGUUACCGAUUAGACCAAAAUGGCUUUUAUUUGGACUCAUUCUCCGAAGGGAAUACAAGAUUGCCACUAUUGAAGAUUGUCUAGAGUUAGGGAAGAAGCUUGAAAUGGAUGAAACUGAAACGAGAUUUUGUCUGCGGUAUCUUCACGACUGCAUUGGAACUGUCAUGCAUUACACAAGCGUUUCAAAUGAUAAGGAAAAGUGGCUCAAGAAUCGUGUGAUCUGCUCUCCUCAAGUAAUCUUCGAUAGCAUCAGUCAGCUGGUUGUUCCUUCUUUGCGUGUACUUCAUUCUGAAGGUCAUGUCAUUGAGUAUGAGCGAGAAGAGUUUAUUAAAAAGGGGCAAUAUUCAGCUGAAGCCAUCGAAAUGUAUUGCAAAACUGCACAAGUUAGCAAAAAGUUGGAAAACAACGAACUUAUCCCAGCCAAGGUUCUUAUUUCACUUCUUCAACAUCUUAACCUUCUCUCUGAAAUUGUUCACAAAGAUGUAAAUGAUCCAAGCAAAUCUCGAAUCACCUAUUUAAUGCCGGCUAUUUUGGAGUGUGCUUCUAAAGACGAGCUGACCAACCCACCUCCACAAGAUGCCAACAACCCAGAGCCAUUGCUCAUCACAUUCAGCUGUGGUUACGUUCCAACAGGAGCUUUUUGUGGUCUGAUCACUCGACUAGUUUCUCGAGGCCCUCAUGGAAUCCUUGGUUUGACGUGGGAGUUAGUAGAAGAUGGUGUCAAGCGAAAUUGUGUAUCUUUUCGAGUCGCCAAAUCAAAUAGGCUAACUCUACUAGCACACGAUCAAUGCUACGAAAUUCGAGUUGUUCGCCAUCCUGGUCGCAUGUCUCUCCAUGACCUUUGUACCUAUGUUCUCUCAGUGAUGCUCUACACCCUCAAAAGCCUUUACCCACAUUUGGUUCCUCAAAUUGCCUUCCAAUGUCCUUGCCCUGGUCACAAGUCAAGCCGAGAUAAAUUGUGUGUUCUCACGAAAGAGAUAUGGGUACAAUUUCUUUGUGAUAGUAAGCCGAUUACUCCAACGAAAUACCAACAAGUUUGGUUGGGUAAGAUUGUUUCUAUUGGUCAGAGUGCUAGCUUAGGAGUGCUCCGGUUCAAGAAGGGACAGUCUCUGGAGAGAUUCUCUUUCAAUUGGAGCAAAGUGGGAAUUGACGACACACAACCUCCAACAACUCAUCACUGCAAGCCCAACUAUCUGACUUUUCGGAGUGUGAGUGAGGAGGACCUGGACUACUACCAAUGUGAGGUGAAGGAGGCUGGGAAAGUGGUCCUCACCAUCUACAGAGCUCUCUACAAAGAUGCGCUCACUUCAGUAGUGAGUGAAUCAUUAAUAAGAGAAUGCUCAGGAGCAGCUGGUCAAAAGAGAAUACUGUCGGCUGGGGAGACGUCAAGUGCAAAACGCACACAGUUAAUAUCUCCUCAAGCUUCAGUAGUGAGUGAAACAGAAUGCUUAGGAGUAGCUGGUCAGAAGAGAAUACUGUCAGCUGGGGAGACGUCCUGUGCAAAACGCACACAGUUAAUAUCUCCUCCAGGAUCAUCUGCUCAACCAGUGGGUACAACUCGUCAACAGCUGAUGGACGAAUAUCAGCUCAGUACAACCCAUAUUAACCGUGAAAUACAACAGGAAGAUGUACCCUUUUUGGCUCUCUGUUUUGACAACGUGGAAUUCUAUGUCGAUGCUAUGAAAUUAACCCCUGGCGAGCAAAGUGAUGUCCGAUUGAAAAGAAUUGAAAGUAACCACCUAGCUAUGAUCGAGUGUUUGAAAAUCUGGAAAAAACGGAAGCUCUCACAAGCGACAUUCAGGGUCCUUCUGGAGAUGUUAGUAAAGCUGAAGAAAGAGGCGAUUGCUGACCAAGUCUGUCAGUAUUUGAAGGAGCUAUGAGGAGGCGUACGUAAUACAGCACUCCAUGGACUGUAGAGAUGUCAGAACAGAACCCUCAGAUCAGUUUAUCACUAUUGUGUGUAUACAUUGUGUUUUGCACAUAAAGUGUUUAAAAACAAUUAAGUAUUUAUCUGUAUCUCUGUGUGAUUGUCUUACUUAUUGGAUUUCCCCUGUGCAUGGUAUACCUCAUUCGUUGAUUGA